CCCGUCGAUGUCCAAAGGAAGCCAAACGUGGGCGGGCAGAGAGCUUCAUCCCAUUAGGAAUGGCAGCCCCAUCUAUGAAAGAAAGGCAGGUCUGCUGGGGAGCCCGGGAUGAGUACUGGAAGUGUUUAGAUGAGAACACAGACAAUGCUUCUCAAUGCAAGAAGUUAAGAAGCUCUUUAGAAUGGAGUUGUCCCCAACAGUGGAUAAAAUAUUUCGAUAAAAGAAGAGACUACUUAAAAUUCAAAGAAAAAUUUGAAGCGGGGGAACUCCAGUCUUCAAAAACAACUGCAAAAUCCUAGGCUGUUCAUAAAGAUUGAAAGUAUUCUUUCUGGACAUUAAAAAAAGCUCUACUGACUAUGGGACAGUAGUAGCUUGAAUCAUAGUGAACAUCAACUUAUUCCCUGUAUAUGACUCUUGAUAAUUAAGAUUAUCAAGAACCAGAUCUGCAAAAAAUUGAAAUAAAAUGGUAUUUA